UCGCGAAAAUUGACGCAUCAACACAGGAGGAACAACAACCAGUCCAAUCGAAUCAGAUUACCGGUGGGAAAACCAAAACAAAAGGGAGAAAAAAAUAGAAAUCCAGUCGAGGCGGCAGCCGACGACGAGCAACGGGGAGCGGAAAUGUCGGCGCUGCCGAGCUGGCGCAGGGCGUACGGCGCGCUCAAGGACACCACCACCGUCGGCCUCGCCAACCUCAACUCCGAUUUCAAGGAUCUGGAUGUGGCUAUCGUGAAGGCCACUAACCACGUGGAGUGCCCGCCCAAGGAUCGCCACCUGCGCAAGAUUGUGGCGGCUGCAUCCAUCUCCAGGCCCCGAGCGGACGUCGCCUACUGCAUCCAUGCGCUUGCCCGCCGCCUCACUAAGACCCGUAAUUGGAUCGUUGCACUGAAGACACUUGUAGUGAUCCAUCGACUCCUCCGGGAUGGUGAUCCUAUUUUCCGUGAUGAACUUCUUAAUUUUACACAAAGGGUGCAGAUUUUGCAGUUAUCUAACUUCAAGGAUGACUCGAGUCCUAUAGCUUGGGACUACUCUUCUUGGGUUCGCACAUAUGGUUUAUUUUUGGAGGAAAGACUGCAAUGCUUCAGGGUCUUGAAGUAUGAUGCCGAAGCUGAGCGUUUGUCCAAGCAAGGUCAGGAGGCUGAAAAGGGGCAUAGUCGAACCAGAGAAUUAGAUUCUCAGGACUUGCUAGAGCAGCUGCCAGCACUGCAGCAGCUACUAUAUCGACUUACUGGAUGUCGGCCAGAAGGAGCUGCAAGUAGCAAUUAUUUGGUGCAAUAUGCUCUAGCUCUUGUUCUUAAAGAAAGCUUCAAAAUUUAUUGCGCGAUAAAUGAUGGAAUCAUCAACCUCGUUGAUAAGUUUUUCGAGAUGCCAAGACACGAAGCACUUAAAGCCCUUGAAAUUUAUAGGAGGGCUGGACAGCAGGCUGGAAUCCUAUCCGACUUCUACGAAAGUUGCCGGGGACUAGAACUCGCAAGAAAUUUCCAGUUUCCCACUUUGAGGGAGCCACCACAAACAUUCCUAUCAACCAUGGAGGACUAUGUGAAGGAGGCUCCACGUAUGGUUCCAGUUAAUGAGCCCCUGGAGUUCCCUGAGAGGCUUCUUCUGACAUACAAACCGGAAGAAUUGGAAGAAGUUCCUGAGCCUGUAACUGCUCAGGAGGAAAUACGGCAAACGGAAGAGCCUGCUCCAGUGCCAUCUUCUACUGAAGUAGCUUCACCUCCUCCCGACACCAGGGUUGCAGAUACUGGUGACUUACUGGGAUUAAGUGAUCCAAAUCCUAGUGUAUCAGCAAUAGAGGCAAACAAUGCUUUGGCCUUGGCUAUUAUUCCGACAGGUGCUAAUACUUCAACAAGUACCACAACUACGAUUCAAGAUAUAGGAUUUGAUCCAUCAGGAUGGGAACUUGCUCUUGUUACUGCAUCAAGCAGCAACACAAAUCCACUGCCUGUGGAUAGUAAUUUGGGCGGUGGAUUCGACAAGCUCAUACUGGACAGCUUGUAUGACGAAGGAACCUAUAGGCAGAAUCAGCAACAGCAGCCAUAUGGUUCAGCACCUGCACAUCACAAUCCCUUCAUGGCGAGUGAUCCUUUCACGGUGUCGAAUCAAGUAGCUCCCCCACCGUCAGUUCAAAUGGCCCAGCAGCCCCAGCAGAUGGCCAUGAUGAUAGAAGCGAAUCCCUUUGGACCACCAUUGCAGCCACAGCAAACGGGCAUGGCACCCCUGCCCACAGCAAACCCCUUCAUGGAUGCUGGCUUCGGCCCUUUCCCGACAGCGAGUGGAAAUGGAAUGCAAGCCAACCCGUUUGGAACCGCCCAACUUCUGUAGUUCCACACUUACACACCUUACGGCCAUAGUUACAUACUUGCAUACGAGUUGCGUAAUGCAAUCUGUAGAGUUACAUAUUGGUGUUGAGAAGUUCCCAUUUCCGCGCGUCACCAAUGUUAAUGCCAUCUUUUCCCCUGGCCUGUCUUAGGCUUUGGCCGCUUGGCCCUUGUUUAGCUCACGCUUGUAUUCAAUUUGGUGUAUAUUGUUUUUUUCACCAUUUAGGAUUGCCAUUGGAAACCCUCUUUUGUAAAGAAAUUUGUUAUUGCUGAUGUAGCACCACAUGCCAAUAAAAAGGAUAAUACUCUACUUGUGAGGAAA